CACACAUUCAAUAUGUUUCAUAGAGUAUCAGACCGAAGCGCGAUGGCAGGCACUGGAGAUUAGAGUCUGCUAUUACUCGGCCCGCAAACUUCGAAGACGCAUGACAGUGGCCUUAUUAGCAUCAUCGGUAGUUCAUAUCAAAGACGGGAUAUAUCACGAAGUCUGAUGGCCUGACGAGUCAUGGUCGGAAGCGGGUCGGCAUUUCCUGACCGAUUGAAUUACGUUACUUUUAGUUAAACGCCGUGAAGAUGGCAAUGGACGAUGUUCUUACAGGUGUGGAAAGCGCGCCGGCGGUGAAGGAGAUUGAGACGGGCGCGACGGACCAGCCGCUGCUCUGCCAUCGGCUGGAGAAGGAUAACUUACCCGUGGUAUUGCGAGGAGCAGUGGCUGAUUGGCCGGCACUGGCCCGAUGGGACCUUAUCAACAAUCCUCAUGCACGCGGGUACUUGCAGCACCUGGUUGGGACGGCUCCAGUGCAGCUCAUCAUGACUCGCACAGGGCCACACAGCGCUGCCAUACAGUCACACCCUUUAGAGUCACAUGCGCCACCAGAAUCACAGGCGCAGCAGCAGCCCUCAGCCUACUUCGAUGGAGCGCUGCGCAAGCACGAGCGGAUCGCAGCUACGUUUUCUGAUGCCCUGGCCCUUGCUUGCGCGUCCCCCCUUGCUGCGGAAGCUGGAGCAAGUGCCAGAGGGGGAGGCAGCGGUCUUGCCGCUGCCACUCCUGUCAGAGGUGCUGCUGGCAGCGGUGCUGCUGGCAGCGGUGCUGCUGUCAGCGGUGCUGCUGUCAGUGGUGCUAUUGGCAGCGGUGCUGCUGGCAGCAGUGCUGCGGGCAGUGGUGAUGGGAAGUGCAAUGGGGGGCGAGGGGGUGAGGAGGGAAGUGAGGGGCGAGGGGGUGAGGAGCAGGGCAGUGGGCUGCAGGAGUUGAUACGAGCCAUGGCGUCUGGUGCUGCACCACUCGCGUUCUACCUCGCCCAGAAUCCAAUCUUCGACCGUCAACAGCCACAUCAGCACUUCCCGCUCACUCCCCUGCUGCAAGAUGCUCCUAUUGCGUCAGUCCUGGACCCAUCUCGUCUCACAUCAGCCAAUCUCUGGAUGACACUUGGCGGGCCCUCGUCCUCCUCGCCUCACUACGACCUCUUCCACAACUUGUUGUGCAUCGCCACUGGCUCCAAAACUGUUCGCCUGUGGCCUCCCUCAGCCGCACAUCUCCUGGACCCCAUGCCGCUCUACUCCGAGUCCUCCAACCACGUGCACCCCCAUCCACCACCUCUCCACCUGUCCCCAGCAGCAGCGGCUGCAGCAGCGACUGUGACUCUCCGUGCUGGGGAUGUGCUUUUCCUGCCUGAAGGCUGGUACCACCAGGUGAGCAGCGCGCCAGCCACUAUCGCCAUCAACUUCUGGUGGCCCUCCCUAGUGUGCCUCUCGUUUGGGUCACACAUGGACCUAUACUACGCAAGAAGAGUGUUCACAAGUGUGUGUCUCAUUUGUGCCACACAUGGACCUAUCCUGACGCAUCCGUGUGUACUGACGCAUCCGUGUGUACUGACGCAUCCGUGUGUACUGACGCAUCCGUGUGUACUGACGCAUCCGUGUGUACUGACGCAUCCGUGUGUACUGACGCAUCCGUGUGUACUGACGCAUCCGUGUGUACUGACGAAUCCCCUGCUGGAAGCUCACAAGGAGUGCAAGGCUAAAAGGGCAGCAACGACAGGAGCUGGAGGGGAAGAGGGUGUGGGUUUUGGCUUUGAGGUGCUUCAAACGGCAGAAGGGGUGGAGGGUGGUGAAGUAGGGUGUAGUGGGAAAGCAGGGGAGUCGGCAGGACCCAAGGUGGCUUUUGAGUCGACUCACACGCCCCUCGGGGGGGUGGAGGCUGGGGAGGGAGGAUACACUGGGAAAGUAGUGAAGUCGGCAGGAGAAGGAAGGAUAAGAGGGGAGGAGGAACCGGCAGAAAGAGGGGGGAGAGAAGGGGAUGAGGAGGGUAGGGAGGGAGAGGAGGAGGCAGAGGAAGGAAGGAGGGUGGAGGCGAAGAAGGGAAGGCAAGAGGCGAGGGAAGAUUUGAGUGAGAGGGAGAGACGGGAGCAGGAGGAGAAGGGAAUGGAGGGAGAGGGGGAUAGAGAAGCGGAAGCGGGAAUGGAGGAGGAGGCGACGAAGGGACGGCGGGAGGUGAAGGAUGCGUCGAGUGAGAGGGACAAGGGCGAGCCGGACGAGAAGGGAAUGGAGGGAGAGGGGGAUAGAGAGGCGAGAAUGGAGGAGGAGGCGAAGAAAGGACGACAAGAGCUGAUGGAAGAAUUGAGUGAGAGGGAGAGAAGGGCAGUGGAAACGCUUGUUCUGGCUGCUGCUGCUGCUGCUGCUGCUGAAGCUCCUGCUGGUGUUUUUGGUUGUUGUGAUGCUGCUGGGGCUGGGAAGAGGAGGCGUGCUCUUGAGGCACAGGAGAAGCAGUGUAGGCAUAAGCGGCAACGAGGGGAAGACAGCCGGGAAGGAUGGCAGAAGGGAGCGGAAGAAGAAGUGGGGGAAGCAGCUGGGGAAGAAGAGAGUGCAGAGGGGGAGGGGAGUGACGAGGGGGAAGAGAAGGAGGAGUACAAAGGGAGGGGGGCUGCUGCAGUAGUGGAGUCUGUGGUUGCUGCGUUGCCCCCAGCGUCACUGCGCAAAGUCCUUGUUACCAUGGCUCGUGCCUUUCCCCUGUCCGCGCACCAUCUCCUGCACCAUGCGCUCUCGCCCCUCUCUGCUUUCCUCAUCACCUCUCGCCUUGACGCGGAUGCAGUGCCUCCUGCGCUUCCAAGCACUGCAGCCGAUGCCAGUGCUGCUGGUGCUGCUGGUGCUGGUACUGGUGCUGGUGGUGGUGCUGGUUGUGAUGGUGCUGGUGCUGGUGCUGCUACUGUUGGCACGGCUGAUCCUGUUGGCAGUGGCAGUGGCAACGAUGGUGGAUUCUUCGAGCAAUUCUACAAUGCGCUUCCUGAUUCUGCAGCUGCAGCUGCUGCGAUACUCCAAGGGGUGGAAGAGUACAGCAGACAGUCGCUGAAAGAGGUGGUGCAUCUGGUGUGCGCCUUUGACUGAAGAGUCGAAGCACAAGCAGGCAAGUUGACAGCAGAUCUGGUUGUGAGGCGCCUCAAAGCUGGUGGGUCUGAUAUCGGUGGUGCACCUGCCCGGUGUGUACAGUCCCAGUGUCUCCUCCAGUCAGCAAUAUUCGAAUGAGGAACUACAGUGUCUGUUCCACAGCCAUGUCAGUAAGAAUGCAGACCUGGUUACCAUAAGUUAGCCACAAAAGUGCCAUACCAUUGUGUUGGAGAUAUUAGGCUGGGAUGUAGAUGCA